AAUAGCACAGCAUUGCGGUACUAUGAUUAUUUUAUAUUUAUUACAACUAUUGCUUCAGUGAACAAUUACAACACAUAGUGAAACAAAUAAAAAUAAAGGUGGAAGAUAACCUCCAGUCUUAAGUAUCCUAAAUAAGAUUGAGGCUUGUGCUGAAUUAUGUCCAUGUAAAACAUUGCGACACUGAGUAAUGUGUGAAGUUUAAAAUACAUUAGCUUUCCCUCACAGGUUACCAGAUGCUUACUUGUUUACAAAAUGCUCCUGCACACUGCCACACACAGGUGUUUUCACUUAAUUUGGCUGAUUAGUCCUCAUUACUAUCGCAUAUGAGCGUCGACUCAACAGGUUUGAUUGACAUCUCCUCAACUCUACUGUUUUAAUUCACCUGUUGGGACAGAACAACCCCUAACUUUGACUUUUCUAAAUAUAUGUAGUUCGGUGACCUCAACAUAGCUCCACCCCACAUUUUAACUUCACCUGAAAAGACCCCUGAGAGAUAGACUUUUAUUCUUUAUUAUAAAACUUCACAGCAGAAGUUUUUCCUUGCUAUAGGGUGAAAAUGAAUAAUCAUAAAUCAUGACUGUGUUCAGGGCCCUGUAUUGUGCAUUGUUGACUGGCACCCUUAAAUCAAACCGGGCCACCAUUAAUAUCAUUCAUUACACCUGUGUUGUUGCUGCUAUAGAGCUGCUAACUGAGAAGUACCUCUGGUAGUAAAUUAACUCAUAAAGUAUUUAACUUAAAUUAAUAAAUUGGAUGUUAAUGUUAAUUCAUGGAAGUGGAUUAAGUGCAGAAAAAGCCGUUAUUGUCUCAUGGAAAGGUAAUAUCAAUAUCUUAUUCAUUCAAUCCUGAUGAUUACGUCAUAUAAAGACUUAUUAAAUAUAUAUUUACAAAUGGACUUCCGGUCAUUUAUGUAGAGAGAGACGGCGAUACUUUUGGCGGGAAAGACCAACUACGAUAUCCUGGCUAAUGUUUGAGUAAUUAUACCGUUUGAGUAACUUUAACCUGAACUUUAACUUAAACCUGUUUAGACUUGAGAUAGGCUUUUCAAGACCGCAUAGAGCAACAUAUUACAAUAUUUAUGUGAGGAAAGGUGCCAUUACUGACAUUAUAGUUUAGUUCUGCGUUAGCUUGAUGCUGGUGUAGCCUGUCGUCAUAUUUGGUUAAUUAACCGUUAGCUUUAGAGAUCCCUCAGCUCCAGAGGAGAAGAACAUGGCCGCUGGGAAGAUGUGCAUCAGGAAGACUAAAGAGGAAACAGCCGAGUGGACCGGGUUGUUCCUGAAGGACUUGAAAACACAGCAAGAGUCCCUCGUCUUCGUGAAGAGGAUGAUGGCUGUGGCGGUCUCCUCCAUCACCUACCUCAGGGGGAUUUUUCCAGAGGAUGCCUACAGAUCCAGAUAUCUGGAAGAUUUGUGCAUCAAAGUUUUGCGUGAGGACUGCAACACCGCUGGUGCCAGCAAAGUUGUUAAAUGGAUGAUGGGCUGCUUUGAUGCGUUAGAGAAGCGGUUUCUCCAGAUUGUAUUCAUCGGGGUCUACACCAAUCCAGAUGAACCAAAUUGCAUCAUUGAGUCCUACCAGUUCAAAUUCAAAUACACUGAGAAGGGACCAGAGAUGGACAUCCUCAGGAACAACGAUGUGAAGAUCCAGGUGACGCUGGAGGACACCAAGAGAGCCUCGGUGCUGCUCAUCAGGAAGCUCUUCCUGCUCAUGCAGAACCUGGAUGUCCUCCCCAACGACGUGUACCUCACCAUGAAGCUCUACUAUUAUGACGACGUCACCCCAGCUGACUACCAACCACCGGGCUUCAAGGAGGGCGAAUGUGACAGCCUCUGGUUCGAAGGCAUGGCUGUGCACUUCAAGGUGGGCGAGGUGCAGACGGCAUUUCACACCUUGAGAGUGCGUGUGUCAGCGGAACAAGGCCGGCUGGAGAAGCUUCAAGAAGGGAACCAUCUGAAGGAGACCAAGAAGGCUUCUCAGAGCAAUCCUCGAGAGAGGGAAACGGUCACGGAUCCUCGUGAGGAUACAUACGACGAAGAGGAUCUACCUUCUGAAGACGAGUCUGCACAGUUCAAGAAACCUAAAAGACCCCUCGCAAAGAGAAAGGCAGCUGCCAGAAAUCUGUCAAGGAAGAAAAGAAGGAUUUAGACAUUACACAAAACAAAAGCUCCGACAGUAAUGUGAACACAAACAUGAAUUAUUUCUUCAUUUUAUUGAAAUGUUAAACACAGUUUUAUGUUAUGUUACAAUAUAUUUGACAUGAAAAUGUGUCAAGACUGGUUCCGUACAUAAUUAUUUUUCCCACCAGGCAGGAUGUUACUGUCUAGUUCUAAUUUAAACAACAUUGUACAAAAAGCAGAAAUGAACUGAACAAUCUUGAUUAAUUAAAUCAAUACAU